AUGAAGCCAGUACAGCUAGCGGCUCACCAGGUUCGAGCCGGCGGAGAAUAUGAGAGACCUUCCUAUCUCUUCUUUGCACGUAUUCAAACCCUCCUGGAUCCUCAAGGGGAAAGAGUGGAAGAAAGCAAAAAUGGUUACAAGGUACUUACCCCGCGCGUCACCACACCAUACUGGCACGUCACACGCAGCCAGCGUCUCUAA